AUGGAAAAUAGAGUAAUUGACAUGGAUACAUUUCCUGUUGAGACGAAUUCUUUAACAGAAGGGAGCCAGUCACAUCAAUCAGAUUUGGUGGGUACUGGUACGCUUAAAGAAAGAGUUUCUUGUUGUUUUCUUGGAAUGAUUUUAUACUUUAUGGAUGCGUUAACUAUCGGAUUGGUUGGAUUGGGUGUAGUACCGGGAGUGGACAUUUCAAAAUACAGCACUGUUUUUUUUGUAUUUGGUAUAUUCAUAUCACAAGUUAUUUUUUUCCUUUUUUCUUCAUUCCAAGUUGGGGUUAUAACCACUCCAAUAUCUGAGACAUUCGGAAUUAUUGCAGAAGUAAGUGGUAUCCUACACAAAUCAUACGGGUUAAAGGAUGCAGAAUUGUUUUGGACUAUUUUAGCAUUUAUAAGUAUAUCCACUCUAUUAAGUGGAUUUGCAUUUAUUGUUCUGUACUUGACGGGGUUUCAGAAAGUAUUAAAUAAGAUCCCUAGUAAAAUAGAAGUAGCACUCUUAUUCGUUAUUGGGUGUUUAUGUUGUAAACUUGGUACUAGCAAUAUGCUGAAAUUUGUAGCUAAUUACGGGGAUCUUGUGCUAUACUCAACCAUAGCUGUGUAUGGCAUAAUCACAUUUGCCUUUUGGUAUUUAUCACAUGCAAUGAGCAGAAGAUUCCCAUCGCUAGCACCAUUUUCAUACUGUAUAAUUUUACUAGUUAUAAUUAGUCUGUCGUAUAUACCAAUAUUCUUCUGGUGGGGAGGAAUUGAAAAUGCAAGAAUUAGUACAUUCUUGCCACAGAAUGGAAAGAAUACUUCAAUGCUAUUUGACCUUCCUCUGCUUUAUCAGAUGGAGUACAAUAAAAUUGCAUGGAAAUCGUUAUGCUCCAUUAAUAUACUCACUCAAAUGGGAAUAAUGGUUAUAGUUGUUCUUCUGCAAUUCCCAGUGAAUACACCUGCAAUCAGUGCCAAGUGUAAAAUAACACCAUCAUUAAAGAAAGAAUUAGUAGCAAACGGAAUAGCAAAUGUACUAGGUUCUGUAUUGGGAUUUUUCCCUACUUAUGUCGUAUCUUCCUCUACUAUCGCAUUAAAUAGAGGAAAACCAACAACCAAAAAAAUUGAUGGAUUUGUUCUUGUUGUGUGCUUUAUCCUGAUGUAUUUAGUUGGUCAGUCUGUUUUCGCAUUUAUACCUCAGAUGUGCUUGGAUAUGCUUUUACUGUUUAUUGGGUUUGAUAUACUAAAAGAUUCUAUUGUCACAAUAAAGAAGGAGGGUCUGCAUAGCUUACUAUUUACAGUGUGCGUGGCAAUCCCAUGUGUGUAUUAUGGUAAUAUGCCCAUUGGACUGGGUGUAGGCUGUGGAAUAUUCUUUUUAGAGUAUAUUUGGAAAUUACUUAAAAAAUCUGUUUUAUUUUCUUCUAACAGAUGAUUUUAUUAAUAAUAUGCAAUAGGUUCUUCAAAAAUGUGAUUUGUAAGGCAGUAAUAGAAUAAAUAAUAAUAAAUUUAGGAUAACCCGAAAUAACC